AUUUAAUAAUAUCGUAUUAUUUAUAUUUAUAUACAAAUUUAUAUAGAAUUUAAAAUAUAAUCAAAAAAUUUAUUAAAUUAUAACAUUGUAUUUUAGUGUAAAAUUAUUGUCUACGAAAAUGAGUGAAGAUAUUUCUUUAUUUACUUUACCAAAUAAGCAACCAAUAAUUGCAUUAGAAUGUGAUACUGCAUUUAAUGCUUUAACAAAAAAUGAAAAAUUAUAUGCACAUUAUUUAAGUCAAGCCGCAUGGAAUGGUGGUCUUAUUGUAUUUGUCCAAACUUCUCCAGAAUCACCAUUAAUAUUUGCUUUACUACAUAAAAUUUUCAUAUCUGAAACAAUAAAUGAAUUGAAAAAUUCUGCAUUUAAUGUUAAUGUUAGUGAAGAUGAAUUUACAGCAUUUUUAGUAUAUUCAUGUGGAAUUUUUGCAAAUGCUGGUAAUUAUAAAUCUUUUGGUGAUAGUAAAAUAAUUCCAAAUUUACCUAAGGAUAAAUUUGAAACUAUAAUAAAAGUUUCAAAAGCAUAUAAAAAUAAUUCCAAAAACAUUGAAGAAAUUUGGAAUAAAAUUCAAAAUAUAAUAUAUUCUAUUAAAGGAAAAUUAAAAUCUUUAGGAUUGAAUGAGAAAGGAAUUACAACUUAUUUUUCUGCUAAUUGCACGGAAAAAGAUGCAGAGUUAGUUAAUGAUUUUAUGCAAAGUAAAGGAUUAGAAUGUUAUAAUACAAGAUGCUUUAAAAUAGCAAAUGAUCAAAAUGAUUCUAAAUUUGAUAUAUAUGAAAUUAGAUUAGCUUCUAUGGAAACUAAUAAUGAUUCUAAUAUUACUUUGUCAGAAGAAGUAUUUAAAAAUGCAAAAUUUAGAAUUACAAGAGGAGAUUAUAGCAAACUUUUGAUUCCAGUUAUUCAUAAUCUUCAAAAAGCAAAAGAAUAUGCGGUAAAUGAAAUUGAAAAAAAUAUGUUAAAUAAAUACAUAGAACAUUUUAAAACAGGAUCUUUACAAGAUCACAAAGAUGGUUCUCGUUUAUGGAUUAAAGACAAAGGACCAGUUAUAGAAACUUAUAUAGGUUUUAUUGAAACUUAUAGAGAUCCAGCAGGACAAAGAGGAGAAUUUGAAGGAUUUGUAGCAAUGGUAAAUAAAGAAAUGUCCAAAAAAUUUGCUACAUUGGUAACUAAUGCAGAAAAAUUUAUACCAAAAUUACCUUGGAGUAAAGAUUUUGAAAAAGAUGAAUUUCUAAGACCUGAUUUUACUUCAUUGGAUGUUCUGACAUUCUCGGGAUCUGGUAUUCCUGCGGGUAUAAAUAUCCCAAAUUAUGAUGAAAUUAGACAAUCAGAAGGAUUUAAAAAUGUUUCUUUGGGUAAUGUAAUUCCUGCAAAUAUGAAAUUAGAUGUAAUACCAUUUUUAUCUGAACAUGAUCAAACUUUGAUGAAUACUUAUAGAGUAGCUAGCUUUGAAGUGCAAGUUGCUUUACAUGAACUUCUUGGUCAUGGAACAGGUAAACUAUUGAAACAAUUAGAAUCUGGUUCAUAUAAUUUUAAUAUUGGAAAAGUAAAAAAUCCUUUUACUGGAGAAUUAAUAAAUAAAUAUUUUUUACCUGGUGAAACAUAUGAUUCAAAAUUUGGGUCAUUGGGAUCAUCUUAUGAGGAAUGCAGAGCAGAAGCAGUUGGAUUAUAUUUAUCUUUAGAAAAAGAUAUAUUAAGUAUAUUUGGAUAUGAAGGUUCUGAGGCAGAUGAUAUAAUGUAUGUAAAUUGGUUAUGUCUAUUAUGGACUGGUUGUGCAAAAGCUUUAGAAAUGUAUCAACCAUCAACUGGGAAAUGGCUACAAGCUCAUUCUCAAGCAAGAUAUGUUUUACUUAGAGUUUGUUUAGAAGCUGGCAAUGAUUUUGUUAAUGUUGUAGAAUCUGAACCUGGAAAGAAUUUAUUAUUAACUGUUAAUAGAACAAAAAUUUUAACAGUUGGUAAAAAAGCAAUUGGAGAUUUUCUAACUAAAUUACAAAUUUAUAAAAGUACAGGUGAUAUUGUAGCAGCCAAAAAAAUGUAUGAAAAAUAUAGUGAAGUACCUGAAAUAGAACCACAUCCAUGGGCACGUUGGAGAGAUAUAGUUUUAGCUCACAAGGAACCCCGAAAGAUAUUUGUACAAUCUAAUACAUUCAUUAAUGAUGAAAAUGAAGUACAAUUGAAAAACUAUGAACCCAAUUUUGCUGGAUUGAUUCAAUCUUGGAUAGAAAGAUUUCCUUCUGCAGAUAUUUCGCAAACACUUAUUGAAAUUAUGGAAAAAGAUAAACAACAUUUUAUAUUUGAAGAUAAUUAAUUAUUUAAUACAAAAAUAUUACAAAAAUAUUUUUUGUUUUUUUGAUAUAUGCUGUAACAUUUGUAUAUGUAUAUGUGGAUAAGAAUCAUAAUCAUAAAAAACAGUGACAUUUAUUGUUUUUAUAAAUAUUUUAUUGAAUAAGAAUUUUGUAUAAAAUAAAUUUAUUAUUUACAAA